AUCCACACGGCUCGGCGACUCGCGAAUCGCGAUUCGCGAGCCCCCCAAAAGUCCCAAACCCGUAGCCGUAGUAGGUCUCGUCUCCGCCCCCUCCUCUCCCCCAACCCGAUCCAACCCGGCGGCGCGGCGGCGGCAGCGAUGGCGGCGGUGACGAACGCCGACGUGGAGGUGGUCGACUUCGACCUCGACGACGACGACCUCAUGGACGAGGACGCCGGGCCGGAUCCAGCGCCGGCCCCCGCCCCUGCCUCCCGCCUCCGCUCCACCAUCGCGGGCGACGACGCGCCGCGUAGGACCAAGGGCCGCGGCUUCCGCGAGGACCCUAACUCCUCCGCGCACCGCGACUCCCGCUUUGGCGCGGGGGGACGCGCCGACCUCGACUCGCUCGGCGGCCCGGGACCCAUCCAAUCAAUUGAAGGAUGGAUUGUGUUGGUCACUGGAGUUCAUGAAGAAGCUCAAGAAGAUGACCUUCAAAAUGCUUUCCAAGAAUUUGGGCAGGUCAAAAACCUGCAUUUGAAUUUGGACCGUCGUACCGGAUUUGUCAAGGGGUACGCUUUGAUUGAAUACGAGAAGUUUGAAGAAGCUCAGGCUGCAAUAAAAGAAUUGGAUGGAGCUGAGCUUCAUGAGCAAAUAAUGAGUGUUGAUUGGGCAUUUAGCAGUGGCCCUGCUAAGCGCAGAAAUACUCGAAAAAGGUCACCACCAAGAGCUCGUUCAAGGACCCCACCCAGGAGAAGGCACUGAUGUUUCCCCAGCAUGUCAUGAAUUACUGUGUGAUGUAGUGCAAGACGUCUGGGGAUUCCAAAUAUUAGCUUGGUGUAUGUCACCGGAGUUUGAUGGUUGUUAUUAGAUUGCCUGCUGUUUCCUUAUUUGGGACAUUGGUAGUUGUAUCCUGCUUUGAAUUCCGGUCUGAGUUGGAGACAUGGAGGUGCACUUAGCCGCUUACCAUUAUGUUUGGCAUGCCAGUUCGAGACUAUUGUAAGCGAUGAUCCUUUUGGAUUUUUGACAAGUGAUGUGUUGGUGUUGGAUUUUUAUGUUUGUGUGUGCCAUCACUUUGUUAUCGCCAUUCUGACGAGUGAUGCAUUUGGGUCUUGAUGUUUGUGUGUUCAA